AUGCGGCUGGCGCUUGCCGGACCUGUCACCAACGCCAGGAGCCAGUCCAGAGCUGCCACCUCUUUCGCCGGCUACGAGGGACGCACCAUCAUCUGCGCUGUCGCCGAGGCCCGUGGAGUCGCCCCUCCAGUUGGCAUUGCCAUCAUCGACAUCGAGCUUGGCAAAGCUACACUGUGUCAAAUCUCAGACACUCAGUGCUACGUCCACACCAUCCACAAGAUACGAGUACAUGAGCCCAGCCAUAUUCUCGUCAUCUCCAGCAAUGUCGCUCCUGAGAAGUCGAUGCUGUGUGGCGUGCUCGAAGAGGAGAUAGUUGGAGCCAGCAUGGUGCCUCUGCCCCGUCGAUACUGGACUGAGGAGAUCGGCCGCGACUACAUCGACAAAUUGGCUUUUCUAGAAGACAUCGAGGCCCUGAAGGUUUCUGUCGAGGGAAAAUUCUUCUCACUCUGUUCUCUCGCCGCGGCAUUCAAAUAUGUCGAGAGCGAAGCCCGCGUCAGGAUCGCGCCCAACAGCGUGGCCAUCCAGUACGAGCCGGCGGAUGACACAAUGAUGAUCGAUGUUUCUUCGAUCCAUAGCCUGGAGCUUCUGCAGAACGCACAGAAUGCCCGAUCGCGGAACUCGCUGUUCGGACUUCUCAACCACACUCUCACCCCGAUGGGAGCCCGCUACCUCAGGAGUUCUAUUCUUCAGCCAUCCACCAAGCGUAAGCUUAUCGAACCCAGGCAGAAUGCAGUCAAGGAGCUCUCAGAGUUCCAGGGUCUGUUCUAUGACGUUCGAAAUGCCUUGAAACGGCUCCCGGACAUUGACAAGGUUGUUUCUCAACUCAUCUUCAUCCGCAUUGACAAUGACGAGGACCUUGCCAUGACCCACGAGCAAAAGAGCAUGAUCAACUGCAUUCUCCAGAUCAAGCAGUUUGUUGCAGCAAUCCCAGCACUCCACGACGCUCUGAAUUUGGCAAAGUGUGAUGUCUUGAUCAAGGUCCAGGCGCAGUGUCUCCCAGAGAUCACGCAGAAGAUUCUUGACAUCAUUGACAAGCACGUCGAUAAGGACGCGCUGUUCUCCCAAACACCUCUGGAACGUAGAGCCCAGACCAUCUACGCAAUCAAGGCCGGCCUCAACCCCAUGCUAGACCUGGCCCGACAAGCGUUCGCAGAGCAGCAGGACAAUGUUCAUAAGCACGUCAGCGAGUUCAAUGCCGAGCACAACCUUGUCAGUGAGAUCAAGUUCGACAGCUCUCGCGGCUACUACCUUCGGUUCCUGGCUAGCGACUACAUCGAGGCCAAUCUCGCGCAUCCCGAUCUCCUCAUCAAUGUCGUCCCCAAGAGGACUCACUGCGAGUGUCAGACCAUCGAGCUUGAAAAGCUCAACCGGGACAUCAAAGCAGCCGAGGACGAGACUCUGAUGAGAGGAGCCAAGGCAAUCGGCAUGCUCGCCCAUGAGCUCCGCACGGAGAUCCCAGCGCUGACCCGCCUCUGCCAGGCGGUUGGAUAUCUGGACAUGCUGGCGAGCCUGGCCCAUGUUGUCACCGCCAACGACUAUUGCCGGCCCGAGAUCUCAACCACCAUGGCGCUCAAGAAGGCCCGGCAUCCGCUCGUGGAGAAGUGCGUCGACAAUUUCGUACCCUACGACGUCUACGCCUCGCCCGGGUACACCUUCCAGGUGCUGACAGGAGCCAACAUGAGCGGCAAGAGCACCUUCAUCAAGACCGCCGCCGUGAUCCAGAUCAUGGCCCAGAUUGGCAGCUUCGUGCCGGCCCAGACCGCCACCAUCCCCAUGGUGAAGAAGGUCUUCACCCGCAUGAUCAAGGACGACUGCAUGGAGGAGAAUGUGUCGGCAUUCUCCCAGGAAAUGAGGGAGAUGGCCUUCAUCCUCCGCAACGCCGACAACAAGAGCCUCGUCGUCGUCGACGAGCUGGGCCGUGGCACCAGCACCCAGGACGGCCUCGCGAUGGCGAUCGCGAUGGCGGAAGAACUGCUGGCGAGCGGGGCGUGCGUCUUUUUUGCCACGCACUUUCACGAGCUGGCCGAGAUCAUGCAAGGGAUGCCGCGUGUGGUGAACCAGCACCUCCGAACGGAGGUGCGGACCGUCGGCCACGGUGAGGCCGCGAGGCCGGAGCUCAAAAUGCUCCACACUGUGGCCGAGGGUCCGGUCGCCCAGGGCGACUAUGGCCUCCAGCUGGCCAAGGCUGUGGGUUGCCCCAAGCCUUUCCUGGGCCUGGCCCAGGUCGUCGCCGACAAGUUUCGGGCCGAGGCCGAGGCGCGGGCCGAGGCCAGUGGGGGUGACGCGGCCCUUCGGCGUCGGGCCCUUGUGGGCAACUUGAAGGAGGUCCUUCUUCAGCUCGGCGCCGACGACUCGUCCUGUGCUCUCCUCAAGGGAGUUCAGGACGAGUUCGUCGAGAGAAUGGACGCGGUUGGCGGCGGCGGCGACGGGGAGGAGGGGGAGGAGGAGGACGGCGACGACGAUGAUGAUGAUGACGACGACGACGACGACAUGGAGCUGGGCGAGAGCCCGAUGUAAGCUAGAAACUGUUGCUAUGUUUUCUACUUUUGCUUUGCCAUCAUAGAAGGGCGUCGAGUGGAAUGCCAAAGUGAUAUCGUAACGUAU